CAAUUUGAAGUUUAUGUGAGCUAAUCACAUUUGAUAAAAAGGGCAAACUUGUCCUUAACCAAAAAAAGAAAAUGAAAGAAGAAAAAAAAAAAAAACCAUAGGGAAAAAGCGGUUCAAACCGACUAUCAUCGUACUAUUGUAUUACACUUCGAUGAGAUAAGCGGUUCAAACCGGAAAAAUUGGCUUGGAAAAAGACACUAAUAAAAAAAACCAUCUUCGACCGGAUAUUUAAACCAAAAUCUGAACGUUUGCAUUUCAAUUUUGAAAUACAAUACAUAAACGGGGGGAAAGAAGAAGAAGAAGACGAAACCCCAAUUUCAUCUAACUCUCUCUCUCUCUACAUUUCAAGUUUUGAUCUAACGUUGAUCUUUGAUAAAGUUCCUUUGAGUUGAUCUUCGAUCUGACAAGAACUCAGGAGCAAUCUUUCUGCAAUCAUUUUAAGCUCCGCUAAUUUCUUCCAGCAGAAUGGGUGUUGAAAAUUACCAUGUAAUCGAGCUGGUUGGGGAGGGGUCUUUUGGUAAAGUUUAUAAGGGGAGGCGGAAGAACACUGGCCAGACCGUUGCAAUGAAGUUCAUUAUGAAGCAUGGAAAAAGUGAGAAGGACAUUCACAAUUUAAGACAGGAGAUUGAGAUAUUAAGAAAGCUGAAGCAUGAAAAUAUCAUUGAAAUGCUCGACUCGUUUGAAAGCCCGCAAGAGUUUUGUGUUGUCACAGAAUUUGCACAAGGUGAGCUUUUUGAGAUCCUUGAGGAUGAUAAAUGCCUUCCUGAAGAGCAAGUUCAAGCAAUUGCAAAACAGUUGGUAAGAGCAUUGCACUACUUGCACUCUAAUCGUAUCAUCCACCGUGAUAUGAAGCCCCAGAACAUUCUUAUUGGAGCUGGAUCUGUUGUGAAGCUUUGUGAUUUUGGGUUUGCUCGAGCAAUGUCGACAAAUACUGUUGUUUUGCGGUCAAUAAAAGGCACGCCUUUGUACAUGGCUCCGGAAUUGGUCCGUGAACAACCCUACAAUCACACUGCAGAUCUGUGGUCAUUGGGAGUAAUAUUGUAUGAGUUGUUUGUUGGCCAACCUCCAUUUUACACUAACUCUGUGUAUGCAUUGAUUCGGCACAUCGUAAAGGAUCCAGUUAAAUACCCUGAUAAUAUGAGUUCGAGUUUCAAGAGCUUUUUGAGGGGAUUGCUCAACAAGGUACCUCAAAAUCGACUCACAUGGCCUGCUCUUCUGGAACAUCCUUUUGUUAAAGAAACUUCAGAUGAGCUGGAAAUGAAGGAGUUGCAUGCUACAUCUGUUGCAACCAGAGGGUGCAAUCCAACUUGGAGGGGAGAAGGAAAUGCUAAUCUUGCUUCAAAUGUUUCCAGUCCUGGGGGUAAAAUUGAUGCUCCAGCUGGUUUCCAGGACAAGAACUCUGUAAACACCCCCAAUGCUCAGCUUAACAGUCCAAACUCGAUACUGGGAAAUAAUUCCCAUCUGGAGGAGUUCCCAGGGUUUGCAAGUCCCAAUGAUGUUAAACAUUCAGGUUGUCAGACAUUGGACAAAUUGGAAGAUAACUCGCGCACUGUGAAAGGUGCACAAGUUAUUAGCCAAGAUACGGAAGCAUUAACCCACAUUUUGGGACAAUUACAAAGAUGGUCUGAAAUGUCCCAGAACUCUUGCAGGGAGCAAGUUAUACUUAGUUCAAGCCAAUCAUUGAGAAUCCUUUCAAACUUAGCAGCUGCUGGAGCCAUUCAAUGCACAGGGCGAUUUGAUGAAGUUACACAUGAACUUCUUGUAUUCACUAGAGUUAUUGUAAACCUGAAAUCGGUUGAAGUUAAUGAUUUAAUAAUAAAGAGUUUUUCAAUUGUUAGAACAUUGGUGAGUAAGUCUGGAGGUGUCACGGGAAGCUUGAGCUUUAGACACUGGGUCACUUUGGCAGAAAUUUUCUCCCAGGUUAUAUGUUCUAGUGGAGAUUUAUCUGGAGAAGUUGUGUGUGAAUCCACUGCUUGUGUUGCUGUUCUGUUAUCUAAAGUAGCUCAAGGUCUUAAAGCAUCUUAUUCUGGUUCAGGACCUGAGGUGGUUUGUGCACCUAAUGAAAUAUUGAGAAAGAUUUUGGAUCAUGCCAAGACAUCUGGUUUGGUAGAUCAUUUGUGUCUCUGUUUAGCUACUUCAGGAGCAAGUCUUAUUUCAGGUUCUUCAAUUCUACUGCGUGCUGCUUGUGAAGCUUGUAGAGCUCUUUGGUCGUUGAUAGAGUCAUUCGAAAUUCUUUUUGUAAAGGAGAACACUUAUUUAUUUCCCCUUAAUGCUUUUAGAAGUCAUUCUCUACUCCGACUUGACAUUAGGGAUCAUGAAAAGGGAUCCUUACAAGGAUCAGAUUCAACAAAAGUUGUUGAUGCAGUUACCAGGGCAUUUCUUAAAUCAAAUGCAAUACAGGUUUCUAUUUACUAUUGCCUCCAUCAACGACAUGAAGCUGCCUUGUCGUCUUGUAUUCAGAUUCUCCUUAGAUGCUGCCUGCAUAAUGGAAUCGUUCCAGGCGUUCUUUGUGGUUUGCCUAGUUCCCUCCCUGUAACUACUGUUGUAAGUGGCGGCGGGGAUGGUACUAUAGUAGCAGAAGCAUUCAAUGUAUUAUCUUUAUGUAUUUCAGUUUUAAAUAAAGAUUCACAAACAGGUGAUAUGAGUAACGUGAAGUGCAAGCUAGUCAAUCCUUCCUCCCUGGUUAUGCAUUCUUGCCUCCUCCUAGCUACAGUUGCUCAAUGUUUAAAGUCAAUGGGGAGAAAUUCUGCAUUAUUUAUGUUGACCACCUCUCCAAAAAGACAGCUCUCACGACUUUCAGUUCUUGCCCAUAGUUUUUCUUCUGAUGAUAAGAUAAGGAAUGCAGUUUUACCUCAUUGUGCAUCUGGCAUGUUGGCUCUUGCAUCCAUUCUUUCGCUUGAGAUUGGAGCUUCAGUUGAGUCUUCAGUGUCCGAAAUAUCUAUUCCUCUAAUUCCUAGAACGGCAACACUAUGCGAUUAUCUAAAAAUUUCAUCACUAGGCAACAAUGACGGGCAUACAAAUGAGUUUGGUCAGUUCCUUUCGCACUGGCAUGGCUGCAUGGAUGGAUGUGUUGGCUUACUAGAGGCUAGGCUGAGGUGGGGUGGACCUCUAGCUGUUCAACAGUUGUGUGCUAGUAAUAUACCUCACUUGCUUGUUAAUAUGCUGGCCAAAAAUGGUUCAAGUGCUUCUCAAGGAAUGGAUAUCAAGAACGAUCAAGUUGGGUUGUCACCUAUUGGGCUUGUAUGGACUGUUUCAUCAAUAUCCCAUUGCCUAUUAGGCGGGUCUUUAACUUUCCGUCAAAUUUUAAUUAGGAAUGAUAAUAUCAAGCUCAUGUCUGACUUGAUAUCUGAUGCUCAUCUCAAGCUUGUUAAGAGUUGGGGUGGGCCGGGUGGAGGCAAGAGCGGAGUCAAAGAUGUAAUAAAUGUGGUAAUUGAUCUUCUUGCAUUUCCUUUUGUUGCUGUACAAAAUGCUCCAGGCUUGCCGUCUGCCACUGCUUCUGUGAACAGUGGGUUCCUACUCAACAUGGGUUCACCAGGGGGGAGAGUUUGCAUGGAUGACAAGGAUUUGGUGAAAGCUAUAGAGGAUGACUUGGGAAAAUAUAUCAAAAUUCUUUCAGAGGUGGGAGUGCCUGGUAUUGUCAUUCGAUGUUUAGAACAUUCGGAGUUCAAGGAUAUUGGAAGACCUGUUGCCUUUCUUGCUAAAAUGAUCAGCCAUCGACCUCUGGCCGUUCAACUUGUAGGUAAAGGGCUGUUGGAUGCAAAUAGGAUGAGACGGUUGCUUGACACUUCAAAUUCAAAGGAGAUUUUACUGGAUAUUUUAAUGAUUAUUUCUGAUUUAGCUCGUAUGGAUAAGGCAUUUUAUGAAUACAUCAAUGGAGCAUCUAUUUUGGAUUUCCUAAAGGAAUUCCUUGCACAUGAAGAUCCAAAUAUACGUGCAAAGGCAUGCAGUGCCCUGGGAAAUAUGUGCCGUCAUAGUUCUUACUUUUAUGGUUCCUUGGCAAGGUAUGACAUAAUCAAUCUUCUAAUCGAUAGAUGUUCUGAUGCGGACAAACGGACGAGAAAGUUUGCAUGCUUUGCUAUUGGAAAUGCUGCGUACCAUGAUGAUACGUUGUAUGGAGAGCUCAGGAGAUCAAUACCUCAGCUAGCAAAUUUACUGGUAUCAUCCGAGGAAGACAAAACUAAAGCAAAUGCGGCAGGUGCACUAAGUAACCUUGUUCGUAACUCCAACAUGCUCUGUGAGGAUAUUGUUUCCAGAGGCGCGAUGCAGGCUUUGUUAAAGUUGGUAGCUGACUGUUCGGCAGUAGCCUUGAAUCCAAGCAGAAAAGAUGCAGCUAAUGAGUCUCCUCUCAAGAUAGCCUUGUUUUCCUUGGCAAAGAUGUGCUCACACGCACCGUGCCGACAGUUCCUUCUUUCAUCAAAGCUAUUUCCAGUGAUCGGGCAGCUUCGACAAUCCCCAGAGUCUAUAAUCGCCAAAUAUGCAUCUGUAAUUGUCAGCAAGGUUGCUGAAACUUGAACCUUCCACCAAUCUCCUUGCCAUCUCUGAUAAAGCUUACAAGAAUGCCUGAAGCUGAUGCUUACAAUGUAAAGGUCAGUUAGUUAUAUUCUUUACGUGUUUAUCGAGCCCCCGUAGUUCGAAUGUAUAGUUUGUAUAGUAUUUUUUUGUCGACUAAACAGUAGAACUCUUAUAACUACUAUCAUCAGCCUUGAUUAUAUUCCACUUGUAGCUAAGUUUUGUACUGUGAGGAAGGGAAGACAGAUUUGUAACUAAAGUAGAAGGCUGUUAGAGAGACUUAGUCAAUUGAGGUUGUUCGUUUAAUAUAUAUCUUUUUCUUGUUAUGGGAAA